CCACAGCUGUUCACAGACUCCAGCUGUUGGAAGGUCUUACAAGCCAUGGAAGUAAGGAGCCUGCCGUCCCGAUGGAAGUGAACUUCUUCAGGCUCUUUUUCUCCUGGAGAUGAGUCUUUUGGCUCAGAGCCAAAGAUGUUUGUCUUGCUCUAUGUUACAAGUUUUGCCAUUUGUGCAAGUGGACAACCUCGGGGUAAUCAGUUCAAAGGAGAGAACUUCUCCCCGAAAUAUAUCUGUAGCAUCCCUGGCUUACCUGGACCUCCAGGUCCCCCUGGAGCAAACGGUUCCCCGGGGCCCCAUGGUCGGAUUGGCCUUCCAGGAAGAGAUGGGAGAGACGGCAGAAAAGGAGAGAAAGGCGAAAAGGGGGCUGCAGGUUUAAGAGGCAAGACUGGGCCACUGGGCCUUGCUGGAGAGAAAGGAGACCAAGGAGAGACUGGGAAGAAAGGACCUAUGGGGCCAGAGGGAGAGAAAGGAGAAGUAGGUCCAGCAGGACGUCCUGGACCAAAGGGAGACAAAGGAGAGCAAGGGGACCCAGGGCUGCCUGGAGUUUGUAGAUGUGGAAGCAUUGUGCUCAAAUCUGCCUUUUCUGUCGGCAUCACAACCAGCUACCCAGAAGAAAGGCUACCAAUUAUAUUUAACAAGGUCCUCUUCAAUGAGGGAGAGCACUACAACCCUGCAACGGGGAAGUUCAUCUGUGCUUUCCCAGGGAUCUAUUAUUUUUCUUAUGAUAUCACAUUGGCAAAUAAGCAUCUGGCAAUCGGGCUGGUACACAAUGGGCAGUACCGGAUAAAGACCUUCGAUGCCAACACGGGGAACCAUGACGUGGCUUCGGGGUCCACGGUCAUCUACCUCCAGCCAGAAGAUGAAGUCUGGCUGGAGAUCUUCUUCACUGACCAGAAUGGCCUCUUCUCAGACCCAGGCUGGGCGGACAGCUUGUUCUCCGGAUUUCUACUAUACGUUGACACAGAUUAUCUAGAUUCCAUAUCAGAAGAUGACGAGCUGUGAUCAGAACAGCUGACCAGAAUGUUCCAUAAUCCUUGGGGGACACACUCGGCCUUAAUCUGGGGCCCUGGGAGGUGGCAAAAAACAGAAGUGAGAUCCUCAGAGACUCCCACUCAGAUUCCAUAGUAUUUGACAGUUCUAGAGAAACCUAUUAAAGCAAGAUGAACCACCAAACUGUUGAAACCAAACCAAAAUGAAUGCUAUAAAACAGUAGCCCCAGAUAUGAAUUCUCUUGAAAACAGUGUUUAUAAAUAUUUAAACAAAUUCAAGACAAUGUUAAUAAAAUUUUUAUUAAAUUCCCUGA